AUGAAUAUUCCCUCACUUCUACAUCUUGCAUUAUCGGCAAUAGAUACACCAAAUGCCGAUGACCCGAUUCUUGAAUGUCCAGACGAUGCACGAUAUGCCUUGACCCAUUGCUUUGAAGAAGCACUAAAGCUUGCUGAUGAGAAGCUCCACGUUUUUCCAUUCAAGGAUGUGCAUGCCCGCUGGCGUCGUCUGUUCACAGAUGCCUCAAUUGUCAAAGCCUGUUUGAUCAUCGCACGUAACUGUGACUUGCUUUAUUCGCAGUCGAAAUCUUCAGAGAAUGACGAGAUCGAUACGCCAAAGCUCAUUUCCGACCUCCAGAAUGAAGUCAAAGAAGUGAAGAUCUCUCCCAAUGCUCCCUGGCUUCGAGACGUCACUCAUGUGCUGGACAAUGCUUUGCUCAUGACAGGUGGGAUACUUAGAGAAGAGCUUAUCGAGGCCACCUUUUCCAGUCUUCAAGCGGCGACACAUGAUGAUUAUCCCUCGACAGGCCAUGGCGCCGAACAGUCGUUACCCUCACGCAAGCGACGUAGGACUUCAUUGUCAGUGUUCCCAACUGAGUCCUCACCAACGCCGCGACUGAAGUUUCCAAUCCAGCGUGUCUCUGCCCCGGAAUUUGAUGACAUGAUAGAGCACAUCCGUAAAGUUCGCACCCCUUUGGUCAUCACAGACUCUGUGGACCACUGGCCUGCCAUGUCAUCGCGGCCUUGGAGCUGCCCGCAAUACUGGCUGGACCGCACUUUUGAUGGCCGUAGACUUGUCCCUGUCGAGGUGGGCAGGUCUUACACGGAUGAGGAAUGGGGCCAAAAAAUCAUGGAAUUCGGAGAGUUUCUAGACAAAUACAUCUUUCAUGGUGAACUCGACUUCGGCAAAAAGCACCCAUACGGAUCCAGUCAGCCUGAUGAAAAUGGCGAGAACAGUCAAGGAGAAGUAGAAAUUGGCUACUUGGCGCAGCAUGAUCUUCUAUCUCAAGUCCCUGCAUUGCGAAAAGACAUUGGGAUUCCAGAUUGGUGCUACAUUGAUCCACCAGGCCCCGAGCGUGGUACUCCUCUGUACUCGACAAUGAAGCGACAGGAGUCAAGCUCUGCCUCUGCCUCUCACGCACGCAGCUCAGCCUCGGAUACCGCGCGUGAGGAUGCGCUCCGCGCAAUUAAUUCACCGGAGAAUGACUCUGAUGAAGACACGCUCAUGAAAUGUCCAAAAGAUCCCAUCAUCAACACCUGGAUGGGACCUUCGUGGACAAUUUCGCCCCUGCACCAUGACUCAUAUCACAAUGUCCUCGUACAAGUGGUGGGUGCCAAGUACAUUCGUUUGUAUUCGCCACACACGCCUGCGUCUCAAAUCCAUCCCCGAGGCGAGGAGUGGGUCGCUUCUCACGAGGAAAAGGAAAGCCAACCGGUUACAGAUGGAGAGCCUGCUAAGAGAUUGAUUGAUAUGUCCAACACGUCCAAGGUUGACGUUUCUGCUAUCGAGCUUUCCCCAGCCGAGGCAGACCAGUGGGAAGAGAUGUGGCCCGGCUUUAUGAGCGCACCUUACGUCGAGACUGUGCUGAAGGAAGGUGAAUGUCUGUACAUACCUCUCGGAUGGUGGCACUACGUCCGAGGGUUGAGAGCUGGUGUUAGCGUUAGCUUUUGGUGGAUUUAA